GCGGUUGCUCAAAUGAAUUAAUGAUAUAUCGCGCAAAUGUCACGAGAACGAAUGAUCGGACGGUGACAGUAUGGUUGUUUUCUCAAAAAUACUACAUCCUUUUACCACUACGCUUUCGUGCCACGAGUUAGCGCAUACCUGGACUCCAUCAUGCUCUUCUGCGGCUGCAGGAAUCUUUCGUUCGUGUUUUGUGGAAUCCUUAAAAAUAUAUGGUCUCCUUUACAUGAUUGGUGGUAUUUUGAGGAAAGCCGGUAUAAAGUACUUUAAAUACAAGUAUCUACUGGAUGUAAUCAGGUCAUCCUGUUUUCUGGCUGUCAAUGGUGGAGGACUGGUGGUUUAUGUCUGCUUGGUUAGGAGGCUCCUUGGAUCUUUCAGUUAUCUGUCAACUGUGUUUCUUCCUGGAUUUCUAGCAUCUCUAAAUGCCAUUCUAGUUGAGAAAAAAAGCAGAAGAGGCACCCUUGCAUUAUACAUGACAAAUUUGGGUGUUGAAACAACUUACAACAUGCUAAAGGAGAGAGGUCUUAUUCAUGCUGUUCCUAAAGGAGAGAUUCUGUUGUUCAGUAUAGCAACAGCCAUUAUGAUGUAUCUUUAUAGGAGGAAGGGGGGUCUUACAGAUGGUGUUUUGAAUUCUUUAGUAAGGUUUUUUUUGGGUCCAAAUGAUCAGAGCCACUGUCAAGAAGUAAACAGUUUGGAAGCAAGUCUUUCAAUUAACAUUCAACAAAGUCAGAUGGAGCAAAAGUGGUUACAACCAACACUAAAGGCCUUUAGUACUGGUUACAUUGUGCAACUGGUACCCAUGCUUCUUGGACAAAUUAAACAUGUAUUUAAAAGACCAGGAAAGCUGUUGAGAGUGUUUUACAAUGAAGACUGUCUUAGAUGUGGUGUAUUUCUGGGAAGUUUUGUUGCAAUUUUCAAGAUUGUUGAGUGGGUAUUAGAACUCUUGAGAAAUAAAAGAGAUGAGGUGAAUGGUUUAUUAGCAGGUGGAGCAGCUGGUCUGUCCAUGAUAUUUUACAGAAAUUCAAGUAUAGCGUUGUAUCUAGCUUCUAAAAUUUCCGAGGUUUUGUACAAGCAUGGUAUUUCAGCUGGGAUUCUUCCUUCCAUUCCUUAUGCAGAGAUCUUAGCGUAUUCUUUCUCAACUGCACUCCUCUUUCACGCGUGUACGUGGGAAGUUCACAGUGUGCGGCCAUCCUACUGGCGGUAUCUGAAUGUUGUGACGGCCAAGAGGUUUUGUGAAUUAAACAGAGCGAAAGUGGAUGAGAUAUUUGGUACAGAAAGCAGUAGGUUAUUUCCGAAGGAUGAUUUGUACAAGUCUUUAACGAGAAUGUAGUGAUAAUUAGUUGGGAAAAUAAGGAAUUGAAUGCUUAAUUAACAAUUGGCCUGUUUGUUAAUAGAUAUUGUUAACAUGAAAUAUUUAAAUAUUCCAACAUAUAGCAUUUAAAAGUAAGAGUGUAACAAUAUUUCUUUUGGUCUAUUUUGAAAGCAUAUAAUUGUGGAUAAAUUCAAUAUAACUUGUAACCAAUUAGAAAGGCUUUUUUCAACCACGUAAAGCUGACACGUGGUUUGCAAGAUGGCGCUGGCCAGAAUGGAAUUUUAAAAUUGUGCAAUCCGAUUGGUCAAUUCAGUAAUCUAGUGGGUGACAUGCAGCUUACUGAUUGGUUAAUUGCUCUGUCCAUCUUAGGUUCCUAUACAGGUUUUUUUCAUAGGCUGCACUUUAGGCACGAAAAUAUUUUUCUUUGGUAUAAUUUUUAUAUGAAAAAUUCUUAUAUUGAGAUAGAAGAAAAGAGGGUAAGAAAAAAUAAAAGACACUUAUUCAAAUUGUAGUUUAGACAAUUUCCAAUGAAAUGCAUCUUUUUUUUCCGCUACUCUUGUAGCUGCGUGUGUUACUGCUAACAGUUUAUGUUAUACUUUAUAACAUUACCUGUCUUUUGUCAAGACAAGAACUCAAGAUGCUUAAGUAUUCUAGGCAACCAAAAGUUCCAAGUCCUCCAAUCAUUUCAUAUCAGACAUUAAUUAACCAAGAUAAAAAUCACACAAAUUCUUUAAUUCUGAACACUUCUCGUUCGUUGUAAAUGUUAGUUUCAGAGGUUGUAGUAAACCAAGUAAAGCAUCAUCAGUCAA